AUGAGCAACACCCCUGCAACUAUUCCUGACCUACCCAUAUUAGAUACGUGCCCUAAAAGCUCUCAAACCAAUAAGGCUCCCCUCUCGUGCUCCCCUAUUAGAGAUAACAUAGUACAACCGGGUGUGGAUCAACAAGAUAGUUUUCUAAUGGUUUCAAAAAAGUCUAAGAAGUGUAGAAGGAAGAAUGCGCAACAAUUAGCCAUUGAUAAGAUUAGGUCUGAUAAUGUCAGUGUUAACCCUGCUCAGAAUAAUGUCAAUCUCACCCCACCUACAGUUGAUGCUAGUUUUUCAAAAGUUAAGAGUAUCAUUAAUAAUUUUGAAACCCCUGGUAGGUGCACUAGUGAUUUCCAUAUGGGUGAUGGCUCUGUGACUUCCCCAAGGGCUAAUCGCAUCUCUGAUAACCUCGGCUUCGUCGAUCCCACCCCCUGUAUCGGUAUUACUAGUGAAUCUAGUGUGAGUUUGCCUCCAAAAGUCUUCAAAGAACUUGAUGUUGAUGAUGUGAUUCAGCCUACUACCUACGCGGAACCUCCUUCUGAAAAUGUCUCUCAAGGAGAUGAUGAUUCUGGUGAAGACCAUGAUGAUCAAAUUGAGGGCUCUUCCAAACCUAAUAGAAGAGGACGCCUUGUGGGCUCAAAGAACAAGGCCCCCUCUGACAAGAAGAAGAAGGGCAAGGGUUUCCCUGCCUAUGAUAGCAGCCUUCAUGCUGCUAAGAACUCGAUCUCCAAGGGGGAAUCUAACCUUCUUAAACAGAAUUUCACAAUUGAUGAAAUUCGGAAAGCCAUCAACUCCCUCUGCAAUGACAAAGCUCUGAGGCCUGAUGGGCUCCCAGUUGAGUUCUACAAAGCCAACCUUAAGUGGAUUUGCUUUGAUCUUCUUGAUAUAUACGAUGAGGCUCUGGGUAAGGGUUCCCUUGGCAAUGUUAUCAAUAAGGGAAUUAUUAAACUCAUACCCAAGGAUGGUGACAAGGCCCUCGUUAAGAACCGGAGACCCAUUACCCUUCUCAAUGUGUCCUAUAAGAUCCUGGCUAAAAUGUUGGCCGUCCGACUGGAAAAGAUCCUGCCCAAGUUUAUCUACCCCACCCAAACCAGCUUCAUUAAAGGUAGGUAUAUUCUGGAAAAUCUCAUCACAAGUUGGGAAGCAGUGGAAUGGUCUAAAAUUUCUAGUCAAGACACUGCUAUGUUUCUCCUUGACUUUGAGAAAGCUUAUGAUAGGGUGGAAUGGGACUUUAUUAUUACAAUGCUUGAAGCCUUUGGAUUUCCUAGUGAAUUUUGUACUUAUGUCAAGGUCCUCCUUCAAGAUGCCUCUGCUCAUAUUGAAGUUAAUGGCUCCCUCUCCUCUUCCAUUAUGCUCUCUCGGUCCAUUAGACAGGGCUGCCCCUUGGCCCCUGCUCUCUUCAUUAUUGCCUCUGACGCUUUAUUCUACCUCCUUAGGGAUAACUCCCUCUCCCCAAAGGUCGCCUCUACUAUGAAUGCUGAGGGGCACAAGCUCUUGAUGUUCCUCAAGGAUGGUCACACCACCAUGUUCAUCAAUGAGAUGAAGGAUGGUUAUGUGUGGAGGCGCAACGAGGACAACCUAUCCUCCUUUGAGGAGGCUCUCAAGAAGCUGAACAACAAAAUUAAAGAUAGCAGGGAGCCCUCCUAUGCCCAAGUUGAGAUGCUGGCACAGAUUCAGAGUCAGAAGACCAUUGUUUGGAUGGAAGGACCUCAGGGAUGGACGACAUGGGUUGAACCCCAUGAUGACAUCCUCUCUUGA